UUUAAUUUCCUAAGGCAGAAACACGAUUGCGAAUCUUCUGCGCGAAAUACGAUGACACUUGCCUUUUUACCGUUUACCAAGUAUCCUAAUAUUUUUGUAAUUUUCCAAGAUGGCGCCGACAACAUUAGCGGAGGACAGGCUGACGUCGGGACACCGGCUAUCCCACCCUCCCCCCGGAGACGAGGUCCUCAUCAGUGGAAUCUCGGGAUACUUCCCCGAUUCGGACUCCGUCAUACAUCUGCAGGAAAACCUUUUUAAUAAGGUCGACCUCAUCUCCGGUGACGCUCGUCGUUGGAAGCUCGCCCACCCCGAGAUCCCGCAGAGGACCGGCAAAAUCAACAAUGUUAACAAAUUCGACGCGUCUUUCUUCGGCGUCCACUACAAGCAGGCUCACACCAUGGACCCUAUGUGCAGGAUCAUCUUAGAAAAGGCUUACGAAGCUGUCAUUGAUGCUGGUGUGAACCCCAAAGAGCUUCGUGACACGAAGACAGGUGUGUUCGUGGGCGCUUGCUUCUCAGAGUCCGAAAAGACAUGGUUCUACGAGAAAAUGCAGGUCAACGGAUUCGGUAUUACCGGAUGCUCCCGUGCUAUGUUGGCCAACCGUAUCUCUUACUGGCUGGGAGUGACGGGUCCGUCAUACACAGUGGACUCGGCUUGCUCCAGUUCGCUGUAUGCUUUGGAACACGCCUUCAGGGCUAUCCGUGAUGGACACUGCGAUGCUGCUAUCGUUGGAGGGUCCAACUUGUGUCUGCAUCCCUAUGUAUCACUGCAGUUCUCUAGAUUGGGAGUAUUAUCACCUGACGGCAGAUGCAAGAGUUUCGACAACAGCGCCAACGGUUACGCGCGUUCAGAAGCCAUUGUUGUCUGUUUCUUACAGAAGGCCAAGGACUCAAGAAGAGUAUACGCUCAACUCUUACACGCUAAGACCAACUGCGAUGGUUACAAAGAACAGGGUAUCACAUACCCAGCUGGUCAGAUCCAGAAGCAGCUCCUCAGGGAGUUCUACGAAGAGUGCUCUAUUCCACCAUCAGUCCUCGAGUUCGUUGAAGCCCACGGAACAGGUACAAAGGUCGGAGACCCCGAAGAGUUGCUAGCCAUCGAUGAGAUCUUCUGCACCGGUCGUAAAGACCCUCUUCUGAUCGGAUCCAUCAAGUCCAACCUUGGACACAGCGAGCCCGCUUCUGGACUCUGCUCUAUCGCUAAGAUGUGUAUCGCUUACAGCACUGGAUACAUUCCACCUAACUUGAACUACAACGUGCCUCGUGAGGGCGUCGCGGCCUUGGCUGAGAAGAGGCUGCAUGUAGUCACUGAGAAACACCCCUGGAACAGAGGCAUGUCCGGAGUCAACAGUUUCGGAUUUGGAGGAGCUAAUGCCCAUACCCUGCUGAAGAAUGUGGCGAGGGAAAAGGUCAACAACGGAAAGCCAUUCGACGACCUUCCCCGUCUGGUCUGCGUGUCAGGCCGUACGGAGUCCGCUGUAGCCAAGAUCCUGGAUGACCUGGAGUCUAGGACAGUAGACGCUGAGCUGGUGAGACUGCUCCACGCCAUCCACGAUGACGACAUCCAAGGUCACGUUGUCAGGGGAUAUACUUUACUCGAAUCCCAGCCGACCAAGAGUGUGUCUCUCGCUCGUGAGAUCGAGUACUUCUCCGGAGUCCGUCGCCCCGUCUGGUUCGUCUACUCUGGCAUGGGCUCACAAUGGGCCGGUAUGGGCAAGGAGCUCAUGAGGAUCCCGGUCUUUGCUGCAGCUAUUGAGAAAUGCCACAAGGCCCUAGCACCUAAAGGAAUCAACCUUACGAAAAUCAUCACUGAAGAUGACCCUAAGAUCUACGACAACAUCCUAAACUCCUUCAUCGGUAUCGCCGCCAUCCAGAUCGGUCUCACUGAUGUACUGAAGACCAUCGGCAUUGAGCCCGACUACAUCAUCGGUCACAGCGUUGGAGAGCUUGGUUGCGCAUACGCCGAUGGCUGCUUCACUCCUGAGGAGAUGAUCCUGUCUGCUUACAGCAGGGGUCUGGCCUCCAUCGAGACCCCCUUCAUCAAGGGAUCCAUGGCUGCCGUCGGUCUUGGAUACAACCAGAUCAAGACCAUGUGUCCCCCUGAGAUUGAAGUCGCUUGCCACAACGGCCCCGACUCCAGCACCAUCUCGGGCCCCGCUGACGUCAUGAAGAGCUUCGUUGCCAAGCUCACCGCUCAGGGCAUCUUCGCCAAGGAGGUUCCUUGUUCCAACAUCGCCUACCACUCCCGUUAUAUCUCCGAGGCUGGUCCAACUCUAUUGAAAUACCUGAAGCAAGUGAUCACGUCCCCCAAAGCUCGUUCCGAAAAGUGGGUGUCGACCUCCGUGCCACAGGCACAGUGGAAGGACGCCAAGGCUGAGCUGUCCUCAGCCGAAUACCACACCAACAACUUAUUGAGCCCGGUCCUGUUCGAGGAGACAGCUCGCCUGAUCCACCACAACGCCAUCACCAUCGAGAUCGCUCCCCACGGCCUCCUCCAGGCCAUCCUGCGCCGCUCCCUGAAGAAGGACGUCAUCAACAUCGCCCUCACUCAGCGCAACCACAAGGACAACGUACAAGUUCUGUUCACCGCUUUCGGAAAGUUGUACGAGUCCGGUCUGAACCCGCACCUUGCCAACAUUUACCCGCACAUACCUUUCCCCGUGUCACAGGGAACACCUAUGCUCGCUCAUCUGGUUGAAUGGGAGCACAGUGAAGAUUGGUAUGUAACAUCAUACAAGGCUCAAGAGAAGAUGAAGUCUGGUGAGAGGACCGUCAGGAUGUCCAUUGUGGAUGAAGACUGUGAAUACCUGGCUGGGCACGUCGUUGACAGCCGUAAUCUGUACCCCGCCACCGGCUACCUGGUCUUAGUAUGGGAGACCCUCGGUAUGAUGAUGGGAGAGCUCUACACUGAGGUCUCCGUUGUCUUCGAGAACGUCAGGUUCCAGAGAGCCACCAACAUUCCCAAGGACGGCAACUUGGAGUUCAUCAUCAUGAUCCAAAAGGGCAGUGGUAACUUUGAGAUCGUAGAGAGCGGUACUUCCAUUGUGACUGGUCGCAUCUACGCCAAGAAGAACGUCGGCCAAGACUACCGAGUGUUGCCAAACUUACCCGAAGUGAGCGGCCCCAACAUCAAGCACAUGCUCACCAAGGACUUCUAUAAGGAACUGCGUCUUAGAGGAUACCAAUACAGUGGCCUCUUCCGCGGUGUUCUCGGCUGCAACGUCGAGGGUACCCGCGGCCGUCUCUCCUGGGUCAACAACUGGGUCACCUUCAUGGACUGCAUGCUGCAGAUGAAGAUCAUCGGAGGAGACACCAGAGGACUCUUCGUCCCCACCAGAAUCGAGAAGCUCUCCAUCGAUGCCAACAUGCAUUACAACGCUAUCUCCAAGAUGAACCCUGAUUCCACCAAGAAUUCCUUCGAGAUCAGGGUGUACCCACAUGUUGAUGUUAUCAGGGCCGGUGGUGUCGAGAUCCGUGGUCUUCACGCCACUCCUAUCACUAAGAGAUUGCCUCUUGGUGUGCCUGUUCUUGAGAAGAACGAGUUUAUCGCCAACUUUGGAAAGUCCAAGAUGAAGGUUGAAGACAUUCUUCGCGCGAACAUCCAACUGAUCCUAGAGAACAUACAGACUUACAAAGUCAAGAGCAUCGAGUUAGUUGACGAGGAGUACAAGAAGAACGACUUACAGCCUGUGUUGGAACAAGUCGGCGAUGUGCUUGGAGACCUGCCGCUGGUACAGGCUGAGCUGGUGGUGAUUUCUGAGGAAGCCAUCGAAAUGCCUUCCAACAUAAUCGUUGAGAACAAGAAGCUGGCUGGUGAAAGCAACACGGUUCUGUUCAUAGGUGCCAACCUUUUGGGCAGGCCUGAGGUUCUCCAACAAGCCGUGGCAACUCUCAAGGACAAAGCCUUCAUCAUCAGUCGCGAGACUGAACGUCCAGACCCCAAGGCGUACUCCGGAAAGUUCGACAUCAUCACGAUUUACGACACCGGCGUUGAAUACAUGGUCCUCUUCAGGAAACGCGUUGGUGCCCGCCCAGCGAAGUUCGUACGAAUUGUCGCCGCCGACCUCACCUUCGCAUGGAUCGACAAAGUCAAGGAAGAGAUCAAAGAAGGGCACAAAGUGGUCCUUUACACCCAAGAUGAGCCCAUCAACGGUCUUCUAGGUCUCGUCAACUGUUUGAGGAAGGAGCCUGGUGGUGAGAUUGUGUACGGACUACUCAUUUCUGACCCCUCUGCUCCUCCGUUCAACCCUGACUUGGAGUUCUAUGAAGAACAGCUGGACAAGGAUUUGGCUCUCAAUGUCUACCAAGAUGGUCAAUGGGGUACUUACCGCCAUCUUCUUCUUGGAGAUUUGGACACGGUUCGCGCAAACCACGCCUUCGUGAACACCUUGACCAUCGGAGACCUGUCCUCACUGAGUUGGUUAGAAGGACCCAUCAGGGAGAACCACCAGUUCCAGGACCCUGAGAAGGUGUUGAUCAACGUAUACUGCGCCGCCUUGAACUUCCGUGACGUCAUGACGGCCACCGGUCGUGUCACAGUAGACGCUGUCGCUAGAGGACGUCUUGCGCAGGAAUGCGUGCAAGGUUUCGAGAUUGUCGGCAAGACGCCCAACGGUUCUCGUGUCAUGGGUAUGAUUCGUAACCGUGGUAUGACCAACUUGGCUGAGGGUGACAGAGCACUGCUGUGGGCCAUCCCUGACGUAUGGAGCUUCGAGGAAGCCGCUACCAUCCCCGUGGCCUACGGAACUGUCUACUAUUCCUUGGUACUAGUCGGCCAGAUCCAACGCGGUGAGUCCAUCCUCAUCCACGCCGGUUCCGGAGGUGUGGGUCAGGCCGCCAUCAACGUGGCGCUGUUCUACGGGUGUGAGGUCUUCACCACCGUCGGUACCGCCGAGAAGAGGGCCUUCAUCAAGAAGCUGUUCCCACAACUUAAAGACUCCCACAUCGGCAACUCUCGUGACACUUCCUUCGAAGACAUGAUCAGACGCGAAACCAACGGCAAGGGAGUCGACCUCGUGCUCAACUCUCUGUCUGAUGAUAAGCUGCAGGCGUCAGUAAGAUGUCUCGCGUACCGCGGCCGCUUCCUCGAGAUUGGAAAGUUCGACAUCAGCAACAACACCUCCAUCGGCAUGUACUUCUUCCUCAAGGAGACCUCCUUCCACGGCAUCAUGUUGGACUACAUCUUCGACCAGAGCUACGAGUUCAGAAAGCGUCUGCAAGACUUGCUUCUGUCUGGUAUCGACAACGGUGCCGUCAGGCCUUUGACUUACUGCACCUUCGAGGCCAACGAAAUAGAAUCUGCCUUCCGUUACAUGGCGGCCGGCAAGCACAUCGGAAAGGUCAUCGUUAAGAUCCGUGAGGAGGAGCGCAGUAACAAACCCGUCAUACCAACCAGCUUCCCCAUGGACGCUAUACCUAGGUACAUCUGUAACGAGAACUACGUGUACGUGGUAGUGGGAGGUCUCGGCGGCUUCGGUCUGGAGCUGGCUGACUGGCUCAUCAUGAGAGGUGGCAAGAAGAUCGUGCUCACUUCCCGCAGAGGAAUCACCAACGGAUACCAGUCAUCCAGGCUGAGGGCAUGGGCAUCAUACGGUGCUGAAAUCCAAAUCUCGACUCACGACAUUACAACCGAGUCUGGUUGUGAGGAGAUGCUGAAGAUGGCGAACUCCUUAGGUCAAGUCGCAGCCAUCUUUAACCUGGCUGUAAUCCUGAAGGACUCCAUCUUCCAGAACCAAACGCCUGAAACCUUCAAGACAUCAUUCGCACCUAAGGCUUUGGCUACCAUGCAUUUAGAUAAACUGUCCAGGAAGUUGUGCCCAGGCUUGAAGGACUUCGUGAUCUUCUCAUCCGUAUCCUGUGGUCGCGGUAACGCUGGUCAGACCAACUACGGUCUCUCCAACUCCGUGAUGGAGAGGAUCUGUGAAUGGAGGAAGAAGCUCGGACUCCCAGCCCUGGCUGUUCAAUGGGGAGCUAUUGGUGAUGUGGGUCUCGUAGCCGACAUGCAGGAUGACGACGUCCAGCUGGAGAUCGGAGGCACCCUCCAACAGAGGAUCUCAUCCUGUCUGACAGCUCUCGACAAGUUCAUGAAGCAAGACGCGGCUAUCGUGUCCUCCAUCGUGGUGGCGGAGAAGAAGGCGGGAGGCUCUGGCUGUGGAAACAUUGUGGAUGCUGUUGCGCAGAUUAUGGGUAUCAAGGACCUGAAGACAGUAUCGCAGCAGGUGUCUCUCGCCGAGCUGGGUAUGGACAGUAUGAUGGCGGUGGAGAUCAAACAGACGCUCGAGCGAGAGUUCGAGAUCUUCCUCACGGCGCAGGAUAUUAGGACAUUGACCUUCGCCAGGCUUGUAGAGCUGACCGCCCAGCGUGAAGCCGCCGCCUCCACGGCCGCCACACGACCGACCAACGCCGAAGGUGGCGCCGGACUGAGGGUGCUCAUGAGGAACUUCGGAGACGAGAACCUCGUAUCCGAGCCGCUCAUCUACAUGCCGACCAUGGUCAGCGAUGGAGUUGAGGGUGAAGAAGCCAUCCACGUGAUGGAGCGCGUGAUGUUCAUGCUGCCAGGUCUGGAAGGUUGCGCGGCGGUCAUGGAGCCGCUCUGCCGCAGGCUCAAGAUCAAGGUCUGCGUGCUGCAGCUCGGUGUUGAACACAAGAACGAGACCAUGGACCAGAUGGUCACACGUCUUCACCAGUCUGUCAUCUCAAGACUGGCGCCGGGUGCUCCAUUCUGGUUGCUCGGAUACAGUUUCGGUACUCUUCUUAUCUUGGAGCUGGCUUCGAGACUCGAGAGCGAAGGUUUCAAGGGAACGGUAUUCUGUUUGGACGGAGCUCCUGACUUCCUCUACUCCCUACUCACUAUGACCAUCAGCUUCAAGAACGACUUCCAGCUGCAGAACAACCUCCUCUGUCACACGGUCGACACCAUCGCGCCCAACAAUGACAUCACCAAGCCCCUUCUCGAGAAACUCAACGAAAUCGAAUCAUACGAGGAAAGAGUCGAGCUCACCAUCACCAACUGCCCCGUCCAGAGCAAGUACUCCAACAAGUUCAUCGGAGCAAUCGCCCGCGUUUCCUUCGACAGACUCAAAACUAUCCGGGACUUCGACCCUAAGGCCUUCAAGAAACUACAGUCCCCCAUCAUUCUUCUCCGUCCUAAAGAAUCCUUCUCACCAUACGUUGUCCUCGAGGAGAAUUACGGCUUGGAGAAGUUCACUGAAAACACGGUCACCGUCCACUAUCUGGAAGGAAACCACGUCAGCAUCAUUGAAAACAAGGACUGCGCUAACAUUAUCAACCGAGCUCUCCUAGAAAACGAAGGUCAGACAGGCAAAGCUACUGAGAACGUCGUAACCAGUAUCGUUGAAAACGCAAGACAAGUCCAGGUUUAAACGAAUCGAAGCAGAACCAUUCAAACGAUUUAUGAGAACUGUGUAUUAACUUAUUUAGGGAAAGGUUAUUGUUAUCAUAUUUCUAAUUUAAUUUAAGUGUGUUAAAAAUUAUGGCCGUAUUUUAAAUUUAUAUUUUGAUUAAGUAACUGUUAGUUUUAGAUAAGUAGUCGUUGAGACACCAGUACCAAACAAAUAUUCAUUAAGAUUAGUGGUAACGGUGAAAGUCGGUAAAUUAACUCAAAUAAUUUAACGUGAAGGAGGGGAAUUGUAAGGGAAACUUAUUUAAACGUAGGCAUUCAAACUAAUUUAAGGAAUAAUUUAUUGUUUAUAGACAUUUAAGCAAAGGGUUCCAUAUGGUAAUGUUUAAUAUAUUGAUUUUAAUGAUA